AUGAGUUCAUCCAGACGGUCAGCAAAUACCGCUGCUUCAACAAAUGCCAAUAGCACCCCUGAUUUGAAAGACGUUUAUGACCCACAAGUGUCACCUGCCAAUUAUUUGGGUGGUUCGGGUGGUGGCGCAGCUAUUAAUGGUGGUGCAGAUGACACGGCGGGUCUUGCGUUUGGAGCACAACAGCAGCAACAACAACAACAACAACAACAGCAACAACAACAGCAACAUACCUACUACUCGGCCGAAUUACAGCAACGGGCUGAAUUGCAGAGAAGACAACAGCAAUUGCAUCAACAGCAACAACAGUUGCAGCAGUUCCAACAACAACAGAGGGAAUUGGCCCAAGCUCAAGCACAGGUACAAGCCCAAGUUAGAGCACAGCAGCAGGCACAGGCACAGGCGCAAGCACAAGCACAAGCACAGGCACAAGCUCAAGCGCAAGCACAGGCACGGGCGCAAGCACAAGCACAAGCGCAACAGUUUCAACAGCUUCAGCAACCACACCAACACCAUGGGAUACAGUUGUCGAAUAGCCAAGGUGUGCCUAUCCCAUCACAGUCCUCACCAGUUCCUUCGACUCUUUCCGAUGAGCUCAAUUCUGGUGAAGAUCUUCGGUCCAAAUUCGUUGAGAAUGAAAUUAUCAAGACAUUCAGCAGUAAAACCGAUCUUGUCAAAUAUGUCAAGUCAGUACUUGGUCCCGAGGACCAUUGUCGUAUUGUCAUUAACUCGUCGAAACCAAAAGCGGUGUAUUUCCAAUGUGAACGAUCGGGUUCGUUUAGAACUACAGUUAAGAACCCGGAAAAGAGACAACGAAUUGCUUAUACCAAGAGAAACAAAUGUACUUAUCGAUUAGUGGCCAAUGUGUAUGCCAAUGAAAAGGGAGGAAAUAAUAAAAAGGGCAAAAAUGAUGAUCUUUUUGAUGAAAAUGGUAACUUGGUUCAAGUUAAACCAGAAGGAGGCAGUAAUUCAACUGAUGGUUCGGGUGAGACCGAAGACUUGUGGAUUUUAAGAAUGAUUAAUCCUCAACAUAACCAUCCACCGGAUCCAGCAAGUAAGAAAAAGAGACAAAAGGAAGCAAGAACAAUGGUUGAGAAACCAGUUAAUAAGCACAUUAGGCAGCUGGAAGGGAUUCCAUCAUCUUCAUCGUCAUCGGGUGCUAGUGGAAGUUCAAUGGGGUUGACAAAGUCAAGACAAGGACAGAAUUUCCAACAAGGUAAUCAUCAUCAUUUGCCAAUGCAAUUUCAACAACAACAGCAGCAGCAGCAACAACAACAACAACAUCCAAAUCAACAACUUGACCACACACUAUCAAAUAUGGCAGGUACACCCAACUAUAACGAUUUGAUUGGUCAUUUGAGUCAAAGCCUCCCUCCGCAACCACAAAAUAGACUGAGACGAUCACAACCGCAACGCCAGCAGCAACAACACCCCGACGCAUCAGUUUAUGCUGCGCUUGAAGCUGCCAAUAACAACCCGGCAGCCAGCAAUUCUAAUGCUGCUAGUAUAGCUGCUGCCGCUGCUGCUGCUGUUGCCGCAAUGAAUGUGCCUGGUGGAGGCGGUAACGGUGGUGGUAAUGGCGUUGGCGGUGCUACUGGCAACAAUUCUAAUGGUGGUGGUGGUGCUAGCAAUGGAGGUCAAGGAUCUCAAGGUGAUUUGGACCUGAGUCUGAUUGAUCCUAGUGUGCAGGCACAUGAUCAAUCGCAUCACCAUUUGAGAAGAGGUGGAUAUUUGUGA